UUGCGAAUGCAACAACUCAGUCCGCCUGGUUAUAUAGCACUCGUUGCUCUUGAUAUGACCACAAGCGAAAUAGAUGAGGAAUAUUUAGAUGCACGGCCGGAUAAUAAACUCGUCUCCAACGAAACUCUCAUAAAGUUGCGCGAGUAUACCUGGUUAAACCCUGACGCACGAAGGGCAGACGUCGUUUUUCUGGUCACCGGACGAGACCUGGUAGAUAUAACUUCUGCAGGUAUAAGAAACAAUACUGCAGGUGUAGCCUACCUGGGCCAAGCAUGCAGAGUUCACAAAGUGGGAAUAGGAGAGGACGAUGCGGGUCUUUUUUCGGGAGUACACUCUGCGGCUCACGAAGUGGGACACUUGUUAUCAUCCCAUCAUGAUGGUGAAGGCUCUUCAAGCGGCUGCCCGGCGAAAGACGGCUACUUAAUGAACCCGUACACGAGUGGAAGGAACCGUUUCCAUUUCUCCAACUGCAGCAAGAGAGCCAUCGCUGAAUUUCUGAAGUCUGGCUACUCAUACUGUUUAAAGGACCACCACAAGCAACGUCAUCGAGCUUUCUUGCCCAAUGACACAUUGCCACUGCCCGGUCAAGUGAUGAGUGGCGAGGAGUACUGCAAGAAACACUUUUCAUAUACAUACCCUAACGUCACCUACACCAAGUGGGACUCCGAUCUCCUGAAAUGCAAGCUUCGCUGCUGCUUGUAUUUGAAAGCGGAUGGAAAACCUGAAUAUGCCAUCAGAACUGCAUUUGAUGGAACUCCGUGUAACAGGUUUCGACCAGAGAUGAAAUGCAAGAACACCAUGUGUGUUUAAAUGUAGUCGGAUGUCCACUGUGCUCAACACAGAUAAUUUUUUGUGCCUAAUUGGCCGAAAGAGUGAAAUACUAAUGAACGCACGUGACAAUCAAUAUCUAUUGGGUGCCGAAGGCUGGGGUACCUAAUUGUGUCAACCAUAAGAAUAACGAUAUCUCAGUUUUCUGCCACUUAUAUACUCCCUCGUUUUUGUAACAGACCGACACGUCAAUAAAGUAUUUUUCAGACUCCAA